UAUCAUGUAUCCUUGCUUUCCCGAGCAGACGGUCUCCUCGAAACGGCCUCUACGCCCCUCGGGCCCGUUGUUGUUGUUGUUUCAUCAUCUUCAUCAAAUUUACUUCUGCGUUCUUCUCGAGCGUCCAGUUCCUACUUCCCAUGGCGUGUUUCUCUGCAACUCAGCUGCAUACUCUUUUAUGGACUUCAUCGUUGAACCGUACCUCCCACCAUUUCAAACCUAACUAUACCUAUCGGACUCCGAAAUUUCUCUUCCGUCAAAAGCCAUUGAUAGCUUCCUUCAGCACCUCCGACAUCGAAGCUAGAACUGAAACGAAGGAUUCAUCAACGGCAACGCCCCGGGAACUCUGUCAUGGUCACGUGCCCGAGCACGUGAUUCGCCGGGUGGAAGAGGUUGGAUAUGUGAUACCUACAGAAGUGCAGCUACUGGCAUUGCCUUUCCUCUAUUCGGGACGUGAUUGUGUGCUUCAUGCUCAGACAGGUUCUGGAAAAACUUUGGCAUACCUGCUACAAAUGCUGUCAGUCAUUGACAGUCAAAGGUCAGCAGUACAAGCAUUGAUUGUGGUGCCUACUAGGGAGCUUGGCAUGCAAGUUACGAAGGUUGCUCGGACACUCGCUGCAAAGCCUUCAGAACUUAAAUCAGGACCGAAAUCAUGCACUGUUAUGGCUCUUCUAGAUGGGGGGAUGUUAAACAGACACAAGAGUUGGUUAAAGGCUGAGCCACCCACUAUUGUGGUUGCAACUAUGGGGAGUUUGUGUCAAAUGCUUGAGAAACAUAUUUUAAAGCUAGAUUCCUGCCAAGUACUUGUUGUCGAUGAGGUUGAUUUCAUGUUCAACUCUUCAAAAGAGAUCAGCUCUCUUAAAAGGCUAUUGACGUCCUACUCAUCCAGCAAGAACCGUCAAACUAUAUUUGCUAGUGCUUCAAUUCCCCAGCACAGGAGAUUCUUGUAUGACUGUGUACAGCAAAAAUGGACCAAAGCUGACGUAGUUCAUGUCCAUGUGAAUUCAGUAGAGCCGAUGCCCUCGUGCCUCCAUCAUAGAUUUGUGGUAUGCACCAAAAGGGAAAAGAAUCAAGUGUUGCUCUCCUUACUGCAGGUGGAUUCACCUGAAUCUGCCAUAAUUUUUGUCAGCGAGCAAUCUGAGAAGUCAAAAAAGGCAGGAAAUGCACCACCGAUAACUCUUUUGGUAGAUUUUUUAAUGUCAUCUUCUGGAGGCUUUUCCAAUGUCUCUCUUCUAGAGGAAGAUAUGAAUUUCAAUAAACGAGCGGCAUCCUUAUCUGAGCUUCGAGGAGGAGGAGGUUAUCUAUUGGUGGCAACAGAUAUAGCAGCUAGAGGAGUUGAUCUACCAGAGACAACACAUAUAUACAAUUUUGAUAUCCCAAAAGAUGCGGUAAAUUACCUUCAUCGAGCUGGCAGGACUGGUAGGAAACCAUUUUCAGAUAAAAAAUGUUUUGUUACCAGCAUUAUAACAGUGGAAGAGCGGUUUGUGUUACAGAGAUUCGAGAACGAAUUAAUGUUUUGUUGUGAACAGCUAUUCGUUUAACUGUAUUGUGAGUUCUUCUCCAUAAUCUUAGCCUCAAAAAUCACAUUUGACUCUGUCUUGCUUAUUUAAAAAUGAAGGACAAGAUAAAUUAACAGCUGAUACCAUCAA